UCUCUCUCUCUCUCUCUCUCUCGAACAUUCUUUGCGACGCCUAUUUAAACCUUCCGUUUCAUAGUUUCACGCAGUUCUUGUUUUAGCAGAGGAGGCUAGUAGCUGCUCAUCUACGCCAUACAGUACUCUUUCUUUAAUCUUAAUCUUGAUAACUUCCUGGUGUAGCAUAAACAGUACAAAGGAAAGAUGGAUCAGAUAACCAAUGUUGUGGAGUAUGAGGCCAUUGCAAAGGAGAAAUUGCCAAAGAUGAUUUAUGACUAUUAUGCAUCUGGUGCAGAGGACCAGUGGACUCUCAAAGAGAACCGAAAUGCAUUCUCAAGGAUUUUGUUUCGACCUCGUAUACUUAUUGAUGUAACCCACAUAGACAUGACCACAACUGUGUUGGGGUUCAAAAUUUCAAUGCCCAUCAUGAUUGCUCCAGCAGCUAUGCAGAAAAUGGCUCACCAUGAAGGCGAAUAUGCAACAGCAAGAGCAGCAUCUGCUGCUGGCACAAUAAUGACAUUAUCCUCGUGGGCUACUACCAGUGUUGAAGAGGUUGCAUCCACAGGACCUGGCAUUCGUUUUUUCCAGCUCUAUGUGUACAAAGACAGGAAUGUUGUUACACAGCUUGUCAGAAGAGCUGAACGAGCAGGCUUCAAGGCAAUUGCCCUUACUGUGGAUACUCCAAGGCUCGGCCGUAGAGAAGCUGAUAUUAAGAAUAGAUUUAAUUUGCCACCACAUUUGUCGUUGAAGAACUUUGAGGGAUUAGAUCUUGGCAAGGUUGAUAAGACCAAUGACUCUGGACUAGCUUCAUACGUUGCCAGUCAAGUUGACCAGUCUCUUAGCUGGAAGGAUGUGAAAUGGCUUCAGACGAUCACCCAUUUACCAAUCCUAGUGAAGGGUGUCUUAACUGCUGAGGAUGCGAGGCUAGCAGUACAAGCUGGAGCAGCAGGCAUCAUUGUGUCAAAUCACGGAGCUCGCCAACUUGAUUAUGUCCCUGCAACAAUUAUGGCUUUGGAAGAGGUGGUUAAGGCUGCACAAGGCCGAGUUCCUGUUUUUCUGGAUGGUGGGGUCCGACGUGGGACGGAUGUCUUCAAAGCAUUGGCUCUUGGUGCAUCUGGAAUAUUUAUCGGGCGACCAGUCUUGUUCGCAUUGGCUGCUGAUGGCGAGGCUGGGGUAAGAAAGGUACUUCAAAUACUUCAUGAUGAGCUUGAGCUAACUAUGGCAUUAAGUGGUUGCCGCUCACUCAAGGAGAUUACUCGCAACCACAUUGUGACCCCAUGGGAUGCUCCUCUUCGUAUUGCACCCAAGUUGUAAGAUAAUCUUGCGCCUAUGCGACACUGAUCUGGUGAAAGGAUAAAUGUCUACAGCUUCUUCGUCACCCCCAAUAAGAUUUUAAAAUUCAUGGCUUGAGAAAUGAUGGAAAGAAAUGAAUAAUGUUACAAGCUACUAUUGACGUAUAUGCUUUUUCUGAAACAGGAUAAAUAUGUGUGGUACUAAAUUUUCUUUUGGGAACUUUUUUUCAGGAUAUGGAUCUUAUUUUGUGAUGUAAUAAAAGUUGGAGUGAAUUGGUAAGUGCAUUGCAUCAUAUAUGUUAUUGAUAUCACAUAAUGUGGA